AUGGGGGAUAAGCUUCAUCGCCGAGAGGGAAACAACCCGGAUCACCGGCGAAGAUUUUUUGAUGAUGUAAAUUUUACAUCAUUUGUUGGAGUUGGAGGUUUUUGUAUUUUACAUCAUCUGUUGAAUUUGCUCUUAGCAAUUUUUCCCACUAAGUACAUUACAGUCCGUCGAUCCAAGAGGAGAAAAUCGGCUCCCGCCAUAAAAAAACACACCAAGAGUGAGGACGUCCCUAGGAUGAAGCACAUAUUCAAGAUCAUCACGGUGCUGGCGGCGAUCUCGGCCGUCUGGGCUGCGCUCCUUGAAACCUCGACAGUUCCUCACAGUUACACCUGGCUGCUUCCCAUCUAUUUGGUAGUGGCGCUUGGAUGCUACGGCCUUUUUAUGGUUGGGUACGGGCUGAUGUUCUUUCCCACCUGUCCUCAAGAAGCCAUACUACUACAACAGGAUAUUAUGGAGGCUAAGGAAUUCUUAUCCAAAAGGGGUGUUGAUGUGGGCUCUGACUGA